AAUUUUGUCACAACCAGCAUCAAUGGCUGCGACAGGCAAAAUGCAGAAGGUGCAGCCUCUUUUACUACAGUUGGAGACAAACAAGGAGGACUACUUUCCGGUGGCUGUUUCCUUCGGCCCAUACCACCAUGGCGAACCGGAGCUCGCUUUUGUGGAGGCCUUCAAACCUAAGGCCGUUCAAUUAUUCAUUUCAGGCGCCCCACAAAGGUAUGAAUUCUACCACAGCAAAGUAGUUAAUAUCAUUGGUGACAUAAGAAACUGCUAUGAAGAAACCUCGGUGGCUAGCUACUCGGACGAUUGCCUAGCCGAGAUGAUGCUUCGCGACGCUUCCUUGAUGAUAAUUUACAUGGAAAUCUCUACAUUGGACGAGACACAGAAGAUAGAUGACGUGAUGUUGGACAAGCUUUGGGCGAUGAGGGACGAGCUUGGCAUGUUGAUCACACUGGCGAUUUUGUCUCGUGACUUACUUUUGCUUCAGAAUCAAAUCCCUAUGUUUGUCAUGGAGCUUUUGAUGGAUUUGAGAUAUGGUGCUGGAAAAUUCGAUUCCUUACUUAACAGAUACUUGUGUAUGGCGAUCUACGGAGAGUAUCGCGAAAAAAUAAUAUGUACGAAGCCUGUGCACCUCGUCGAAGCCAUCCAUACGCUGCUUGUCUCAGAGCCCGAGAAGACCAGCCACGGAUGCUGCAAAUGCGCAUUGCUUUGCUGCUUCAAGGUUUCAUGCAAAUUGCUCUGCUGCCCAAGAGUUAAGAAAAAUCUAGAAACUGGUGCUCCUCAAGAAACAAAUCCUGGUUUAAUGCACCAGCUUCUAAACUUUUGCACUUGCAAGAACAACAGAACAGCAAAGAAAGACAACAUCAAGAAAUUCGUCCAUUCGUUCCGUUCAGUGACCGAACUCAAGGCGAAGGGCAUCCACUUCAAGCCAAAUUCAACUCAAUCUCUGAUGGAUGUCAGCUUCGAAUCUGGCUUCUUCUAUGGCAGCCUUCAUCUGCCAGAGUGGGGAGUUUCCAAGAAAACAAGGGUCACCUUUAUGAACUUGAUUGCCUAUGAAUUCAGCCCUAAGAGCCCGGCAAGUGGCCAGGUGGCGGCAUACAUAAGUUUUAUGAAGUCGCUCAUUGAGAAGCCCGAAGACGUGAAGGAACUGCGAGAGAAGAAAAUCUUCUACAACAUGCUUGGAAGCGACGAAGAGGUUUUCAACAUCUACAAAGAUAUCAACACCUAUGGGGCCGAAAAUCCAAUGCAAUUCAGCAAAGUGCGGGACAAGAUCCAAGAACAUUAUAACAGCCGUGCAAAGACAUGGCUGGCUGAGAUCUUGCACACUAAUUUUCGAUCUCCAUGGACGGCUACAGCCUUUCUUGCUGCCCUCGCAGCUUUAGGAAUAUCUGCCGGUCAGCUCUACUUCACCAUGUAUCCUAAUUCCUAGUUGCAAGAUUGAAGAUUGAUUGAAAAUUAAUGAGGCCAAAAUACCGCCAUUUAUGAAU